AAACCUUGAAACCUUGAAACCUUGUCCAAUCAAAAACAUCAGUGCGAAUCAGUGGGCGGAAUUUAUCUGUCAUAGGACAGGGGGGGUGUUUUUGAAGCUAGCGAAUAUCGAUUUACAGCGCAAUUUGUACCGUUUGUAUUGUGUUUUUAUAAUCAUGACAUCUACCCUUGAUGAUAGCGAAAAAGAAAAGGUAAGUUAUAAGCGAUGUACGCGAAUAACGUCGGAUCGUUAGCCAACUACCUAGCUAUUUGAUUAACGUAACGUUAGCUAGCCCGCUAACGCGGCUAGCUGUGGUUAGAUAAGACAAUGUAUCUAGUUAGCUAGGAAGUUUGAGACGCUCACUUUCUUCAAGCACAACGGUACGUUAUUUAUACAAUCGGCUAUCUAUGAUAACUUUAGCUGACUAGCUAAUGAACUGAAAGUAAGGCUGCUUAGCCUGCUAUCUAGCUAAAAGAAACACGUUAGUGUGUUGAAAGUAACAGUACGUUAGCUAACUUAGUAUUGUAUUUCCUUUGGUGUUGACCUAGCUAGCUAACGUUAACUUGUUAGCUAGCUACUUCACCGUCGAAUGUUGUCACAAUAUCUUAUGCAUUAUUGUAUUGUCACCAAUCCUGGCUACUUUAGUUUUGCCAUAAAAUGCUUGAUAUUGUAUUGUUCAAUUGUAUAGUGAGCGUUGUGCCAGUAACCGAAAGGUCGCUGGUUCUAAUCCCCGAGCCGAAUAGAUGAAAAAUAUGUCGAUGUGCCCUUGAGCAAGGCACUUAACCCAAUUGCUCCUGUAAGUCGCUCUGGAUAAGAGCGUCUGCUAAAUGACAAAAAAUAAUAAUAAUUGUAGGCUCUCUCUUAAGUCUUCUACUGCCUCUGCCAAGAGAGCUGGGCUUUUUUAAAAUUUUUUAUUUCACCUUUAUUUAACCAAGUAAGCCAGUUGAGAACAAGUUCUCAUUUACAACUGCGACCUGGCCAAGAUAAAGCAAAGCAGUGCGAUUUAAAAACAACAACACAGAGUUACAUAUGGGGUAAACAAAACCUACAGUCAAUAACACAACAGAAAAUAUAUAUACAGUGUGUGCGAAUGUAGUAAAUUAUGGAGGUAAGGCAAUAAAUAGGUCAUAAUGCAAAAUAAUUACAAUUUCGUAUUAACACUAGAAUGAUAGAUGUGCAAGAGAUGAUGUGCAAAUAGAGAUACUGGGGUGCAAAAUACAUAACAAUAUGGGGCUGAGGUAGUUGGGUGGGCUAAUUUCAGAAUGGCUGUGUACAGGUGCAGUGAUCGGUAAGGUGCUCUGACAACUGAUGCUUAAAGUUAGUGAGGGAGAUAAGAGUCUCCAGCUUCAGAGAUUUUUCGUUCCAGUCAUUGGCAGCAGAGAACUGGAAGGAAUGGCGGCCAAAGGAGGUUUUGGCUUUGGGGAUGACCAGUGAGAUAUACCUGCUGGAGCGGCAGACUACGGGUGGGUGUUGCUAUGGUGACCAGUGAGCUAAAAUAAGACAGGGAUUUGCCUAGCAGUGAUUUAUAGAUGACCUGGAGCCAGUGGGUUUGGUGACAAAUAUGUAGUGAGGGCCAGCCAACAAGAGUGUACAGGUCACAGUGGUGGGUAGUAUAUGGGGCUUUGGUGACAAAACGGCUGGCACUGUGAUGGACUACAUCCAAUUUGCUGAGUAGAGUGUUGGAGGCUAUUUUGUAAAUGACAUCGCCAAAGUCAAGGAUCUAUAGGAUAGUCAGUUUUACGAGGGCAUGUUUGGCAGCAUGAGUGAAGGAGGCUUUGUUGCGAAAUAGGAAGCCGAUUCUAGAUUUAACUUUUGAUUGGAGAUGCUUAAUAUGAGUCUGGAAGGAGAGUUUACAGUCUAACCAGACACCUAGGUAUUUGUAGUUGUCCACAUACUCUAGGUCAGACCCGCCGAGAGUAGUGAUUCUAGUCGGGUGGGUGGGUGCAAGCAGCGUUCAGUUGAAGAGCAUUCAUUUAGUUUUACUAGUGUUUAAGAGCAGUUGGAGGCUAUGGAAGGAGUGUUGUAUGGCGUUGAAGCUCGUUUGGAGGUUUGUUAACAGUGUCCAAUGAAGGGCCAGAUGUAUACAAAAUGGUGUCGUCCGCGUAGAGGUGGAUCCAAGUGUCACCAGCAGCAAGAGCGACAUCAUUGAUAUACACAGAGAAUAGAAUUGGCCCGAGAAUUGAACCCUGUGGCACCCCCACAGACUGCCAUAGGUCCAGACAACAGGCCCUCCGAUUUGACACAUUGAACUCUAUCUGAGAAGUAGUUGGUGAACCAGGCGAGGCAGUCAUUUGAGAAACCAAGGCUAUUUAGUCUGCCAAUAAGAAUGCGGUGGUUGACAGUCGAAAGCCUUGGCCAGGUCGAUGAAGACUGCUGCACAGUACUGUCUUUUAUCGAUCGCGGUUAUAAUAUCGUUUAGGACCUUGAGCGUGGUUGAGGUGCACCCAUGACCAGCUCGGAAACCGGAUUGCAUAGCGGAGAAUGUACGGUGGGAUUCGAAAUGGUCGGUGAUCUGUUUGUUAACUUGGCUUUCAAGUUAAGGGGGGGGGGGGGGGAGGGCAAGUUGCAGCGGAGGGUGCAGAGCUUUUAUGUCACGGAUGGCAGUGCAUUGGCUUCUUCAAUAACGUCAGACCAGGCUCGCUGGUUCAAUUUCUGCUCUUGCCGUUUCCCCCCGAUCACUAUAUUUGGAAUGAUAUGUGGCUAGAGGGCUAUUGAUUUUUGAGUGUGGAGCACAGACCAGUGAGCUAACCAUUGCCUUUGGUGACUUGCAACGUGGCAGGAACAGGUUACUUUUUUGCAUUGCAUAUUCUUUGGUGCACAAUAAAUCACAAUAGUGUUGUGCGCAAAGUAUUGUCCUGGCCAAUGACAGAAGAACUCAGAUGGCUUACAUAUGGACUGGCUUGGAAUUGGAAAGUCCUGCGGUUUUUUUUCAUUUCCUGUUAGACUUUACAGAGGAAACUAACACUGCUAUAUUUCUGAUGACUCUGCAAUGCUGAGUAUCAGAGUACAGGCUGUGGAUCAUUCACACAGUACUAGCCUAUCUAUCUAUGAAUCCUAAUAACAUCUGGAUCAAGUUUAUGAUCAAGGUUUCUCAAAUCCUGUUCAAAUUAUGUUUCACCCACUCAAACAGAAACAGCUGUUCAGAUGGGAGAAAUGGAGCCUUGACAACAAUAACCAUAGGGAGUGUUAAGAUGCUACAAACAGAUCUGGGACCAGGCUAGGAGAAAUGUACACUAGCAGAUUCUUGGGAACCCUGACUUACCCAUUUCGGGAGAACAGCUGGAGUAAUUCCACCAAUUUAGUGUGUGUGUAAUUCAAUCCCAAGUAUGAGUCACAUAUCACAGGGCUUUGAAUUCAGUGAAGAGUAAUGAGACUUACUGGUAAUCCACUCUAAAGUGAAAGAAAGCCUUCAUUUGUGUUGUGUUAGACCAGAUCUCUCUCCACUCUGUCCUCUCCAGUCUAAGGUCACAUUCAAUAGUACAUGGGUAGUCAACAGUAAGGUUUUCAAGAAUAUGUUAGGGAGUUUGGAAUAGGUAUCCCUGAGACAUGAUACGCCAUAAUCUACUGACGUGUCUUAAAGGUAGGGUCUAGGCCACUUGUUGUCCAGGCCUCACAUAGCCUACAGACAGCAUUCCCUUCCUGUGAAUGCCCUCCUCUAGAAUAGAUCAGAAAUAUUCAGUUGAAUUUCUGUCUCACACACAAGCAUAUGUAACAUAUUUCACAGAUGAAGGAUUCUGCCAACUGGUAGUUGUGGAAGUUGACCGUGUCCUUGAUUCUGUCCCCCAUCUCUUAGGCACACUCUGUGUCUGUGGACCUAAACAACGACGCCUCUCUACUCAUCGACAUUCCUGAUGCACUCUGUGAACGAGACAAAGUCAAGUUCACUGUCCACACCAAGGUAUGUAUUAAAAAUGUACCAGUCUUUAUCCUUCUCUCACGUCACCCCGCUCCUCCACACACUCCACUGGCUUCCAGUUGAAGCUCGCAUCUGCUACAAGACCAUGGUGCUUGCCUACGGAGCUGUGAGGGGAACGGCACCGCCGUACCUUCAGGCUCUGAUCAGUCCCUACACCCAAACGAGGGCAUUGCGUUCAUCCACCUCUGGCCUGCUGGCUCCCCUUCCUCUGCGGAAGCAUAGUUCCCGCUCAGCCCAGUCAAAACUGUUCGCUGCUCUGGCACCCCAAUGGUGGAACAAGCUCCCUCACGACGCCAGGACAGCGGAGUCACUCACCACCUUCCGGAGACACUUGAAACCCUACCUCUUUAAGGAAUACCUGGAAUAGUAUAAAAGUAAUCCUUCUACCCCCACCCCACCCCCCACGUGCUGCCAAAUUCUCUAAAACGAUGUUGGAGGGUGUCUUGUGGUAGAGACAUUAACAUACAAUUAUCUGGCAACAGCUCUGGUGGACAUUGUUGCAGUCAGCAUGCCAUCUGCAAGCUCCCUCAAAUUUUGAGACGUCUGUGGCAUUGUGUUGUGUGACAAAACUGCACAUUUGAGAGUGCCUUUUAUUGUCCCCAGCACAAGGUCCACUAAUGUAAUGAUCAUGCUGUUUAAUCAGCUUCUUGAUAUGCCACACCUGUCAGGUGGAUGGAUUAUCUUGGCAAAGGAGAAAUGCUCACUAACAGGGAUGUAAACAAAUUUGAGAGAAAUAAGCUUUUUGUGCGCCUGGAAAAUUUCAGGGAUCUUUUAUUUCGGCUCAUGAAACAUGGGACCAGCACUUUACAUGUUGUGUUUAUAUUUUUGUUCAGUGUAUAUUAAAGCCUUUUGAUAAUGCACUUUAAAUGGAGCUUGACUUGAAUUGUCUUGUCUGUCUCACCAGACCACCCUGAGCUCCUUCCAGAAGCCAGACUUCUCUGUUCCUAGGCAACAUGAGGACUUUAUCUGGCUCCAUGACACGCUGGUUGAAACUGAAGACUAUGCUGGGCUCAUUGUGAGUGACCUGUUAAGUCCACCACACACACACACACACACACACACACACACACACGCUGGUUUGAGACUAUGCCGGUCUCAUCGUGAGUGACUUGAAUAGUCUACGGCAGUGGUUCUCAACUGGUUUUGCCUCGGGACCCAAAUUGAACCAGGUUGUCUCAGUCGCGACCCAAUAUUCGCAUCCCAAAAAGAAUAGCCAAAAAUACAAUCUGGAAAACUAUUUUUAAUGCUAUAUUGAUAUUGAAUGUAGCAAUUCUAUGACAAGGGAACAACAUUCCCACCUCUUUCAUUGUCAAUAAUAUAAUUUUGCCCAUAUUCAAGAUGAAUGUUAGUAAACUCACUGGUUUGAGACUACAAAAAUCUACCAAAAUGGCGCUGCUAAUAGCUCUAUAUUAAGUUCAUUAUCAUUCCUACACGCUUUCUACCUGGUUUAAGUCGUUUAAGUUCGGAGGAUGUUGUCAUUACAUUUUUUAUUGUAAUUUAAUUUUUUACUGAGACACCCACGACCAACCAGUUGAGAAUCGCUGGUCUACGGACCACACACACCACUUAUUUAUAGUUGAAUGUAAUUUCACAAGUUCACUGUCAUUACAUGUAAGUGUUACUUGAAGGGGAAUGUGCGGAGGACUCUGUAGUGUCUGCUCAAAUGUUCUUAAUACCAUCGGCUCUAUCACUGAGUUUUAUUACAGCUCUGCAUACAGCUGGUGUAAGAAAUCUUACCAGAAACUCACCUCUCCUCCUUUCCUCUCCCGCCUCUCCCUGUCUGUCCAGAUCCCUCCAGCCCCCCCGAAGCCAGACUUUGAGAGCCCCAGGGAGAAGAUGCAUAAACUGGGAGAGGGAGAAGCCACCAUGACCAAGGAGGAAUACGCCAAGAUGAAGCAGGAGUUAGAAGCGUGAGUUCUGACCCUUACCCCUUGUCACUGUGUCCAAGCUUAAUUGGCACAGUUUUAAAAUAUUUCUCUUUGAAAAUGGUUCUUAAUGAUUCCUGUGGGAAGGAUUCUGGUGAUUUCAAUCUCGUGACUGUCUGUGUGUGUAUCUGUGUCUGUCUGUCUGUCUAUGUGUGCUCUAUCAGUUAGUAAUUCGCUGUCUGCCGGCUCUGUCUCUCUUCUAGUGAGUACCUGGCUGUAUUCAAGAAGACUGUUCAAGUCCACGAAGUAUUCUUGCAGCGACUAUCUUCUCACCCCAUCCUGAGCAAGGACAGAAACUUCCAGAUAUUCCUGGAGUAUGACCAGGAUGUGAGUUUGACACUGAAAAGGAAACAUAGAAGACAGACUGCAUACUUUCCAGUAGUACUGACUUCCUGGUUCGCUGCUGGGUCGUGUUCACUAGAGCACACCGUAGCAAAACAUUUUGCAGUGGAAAAUGAACGUUUGUUAUUGGACGGUUCAGAUAGUACCUCUGUUUCGAGUCGUUUUGUGCCUACUGAACACUACCCUCUGGUCAGUACUGUAGGAGGGAGAGGUGGAGGACAGGACUGUAGGAGGGAGAGGUGGAGGACAGGACCGUAGGAGGGAGAGGACAGGACCGUAGGAGGGAGAGGUGGAGGACAGAACUGUAGGAGGGAGAGAUGGAGGACAGGACAGUAGGAGGGAGAGGUGGAGGACAGGACCGUAGGAGGGAGAGGUGGAGGACAGAACUGUAGGAGGGAGAGGUGGAGGACAGGACUGUAGGAGGGAGAGGUGGAGGACAGGACAGUAGGAGGGAGAGGUGGAGGACAGGACCGUAGGAGGGAGAGGUGGAGGACAGGACCGUAGGAGGUGGAGGACAGGACCGUAGGAGGUGGAGGACAGGACCGUAGGAGGUGGAGGACAGGACCGUAGGAGGUGGAGGACAGGACCGUAGGAGGUGGAGGUGGAGGACAGGACCGUAGGAGGGAGAGGUGGAGGACAGGACCGUAGGAGGGAGAGGUGGAGGACAGGACUGUAGGAGGUGGAGGACAGGACUGUAGGAGGUGGAGGACAGGACCGUAGGAGGUGGAGGACAGGACCGUAGGAGGGAGAGGUGGAGGACAGGGACUGUAGGAGGUGGAGGACAGGACUGUAGGAGGUGGAGGACAGGACUGUAGGAGGUGGAGGACAGGACCGUAGGAGGGAGAGGUGGAGGACAGGACUGUAGGAGGUGGAGGUGGAGGACAGGACUGUAGGAGGGAGAGGUGGAGGACAGGACUGUAGGAGGGAGAGGUGGAGGACAGGACUGUAGGAGGUGGAGGUGGAGGACAGGACUGUAGGAGGGAGAGGUGGAGGACAGGACUGUAGGAGGGAGAGGUGGAGGACAGGACCGUAGGAGGGAGAGGUGGAGGACAGGACCGUAGGAGGUGGAGGACAGGACCGUAGGAGGUGGAGGACAGGACCGUAGGAGGUGGAGGACAGGACCGUAGGAGGGGGAGGACAGGACUGUAGGAGGAAGAGGACAGGACCGUAGGAGGGAGAGGUGGAGGACAGGACUGUAGGAGGUGGAGGACAGGACUGUAGGAGGGAGAGGUGGAGGACAGGACUGUAGGAGGGAGAGAUGGAGGACAGGACCGUAGGAGGGAGAGGUGGAGGACAGGACCGUAGGAGGGAGAGGUGGAGGACAGGACCGUAGGAGGGAGAGAUGGAGGACAGGACCGUAGGAGGUGGAGGUGGAGGACAGGACUGUAGGAGGUGGAGGACAGGACCGUAGGAGGGAGAGGUGGAGGACAGGACUGUAGGAGGGAGAGGUGGAGGACAGGACUGUAGGAGGUGGAGGACUGUAGGAGGUGGAGGACAGGACCGUAGGAGGUGGAGGACAGGACCGUAGGAGGUGGAGGACAGGACCGUAGGAGGGAGAGGUGGAGGACAGGACCGUAGGAGGGAGAGGUGGAGGACAGGACCGUAGGAGGUGGAGGACAGGACCGUAGGAGGUGGAGGACAGGACCGUAGGAGGUGGAGGACAGGACCGUAGGAGGUGGAGGACAGGACCGUAGGAGGGGGAGGACAGGACUGUAGGAGGAAGAGGACAGGACCGUAGGAGGGAGAGGUGGAGGACAGGACUGUAGGAGGUGGAGGACAGGACUGUAGGAGGGAGAGGUGGAGGACAGGACUGUAGGAGGGAGAGAUGGAGGACAGGACCGUAGGAGGGAGAGGUGGAGGACAGGACCGUAGGAGGGAGAGGUGGAGGACAGGACCGUAGGAGGGAGAGAUGGAGGACAGGACCGUAGGAGGUGGAGGUGGAGGACAGGACUGUAGGAGGUGGAGGACAGGACCGUAGGAGGGAGAGGUGGAGGACAGGACUGUAGGAGGGAGAGGUGGAGGACAGGACUGUAGGAGGUGGAGGACUGUAGAGGUUGGAGGACAGGACCGUAGGAGGUGGAGGACAGGACCGUAGGAGGUGGAGGACAGGACCGUAGGAGGUGGAGGACAGGACCGUAGGAGGGAGAGUGGAGGACAGAACUGUAGGAGGGAGAGGUGGAGGACAGGAGUGUAGGAGGGAGAGGUGGAGGACAGGACUGUAGGAGGGAGAGGUGGAGGACAGGAGUGUAGGAGGGAGAGGUGGAGGACAGGAGUGAGAGGGAGAGGUGGAGGACAGGACUGUAGGAGGGAGAGGUGGAGGAAGGACUGUAGGAGGGAGAGGUGGAGGACAGGACUGUAGGAGGUGGAGGACAGACUGUAGGAGGUGGAGGACAGGACUGUAGGAGGUGGAGGACAGGACCGUAGGAGGGAGAGGUGGAGGACAGGACUGUAGGAGGUGGAGACAGGACUGUAGGAGUGGAGGACAGGACCGUAGGAGGGAGAGGUGGGGAGGACAGACCGUAGGAGGGAGAGGUGGAGGACAGGACCGUAGGAGGGAGAGGUGGAGGACAGGACUGUAGGAGGUGGAGGACAGGACCGUAGGAGGUGGAGGACAGGACCGUAGGAGGUGGAGGACAGGACCGUAGGAGGUGGAGGACAGGACCGUAGGAGGUGGAGGACAGGACCGUAGGAGGUGGAGGGACAGGACCGUAGGAGGGGAGGACAGGACCGUAGGAGGUGGAGGACAGGACCGUAGGAGUGGAGGACAGGACCGUAGGAGGUGGAGGACCAGGACCGUAGGAGGGAGAGGUGGAGGACAGGACCGUAGGAGGGAGAGAUGGAGGACAGGACCGUAGGAGGUGGAGGUGGAGGACAGGACUGUAGGAGGGAGAGGUGGAGGACAGGACUGUAGGAGGUGGAGGACAGGACUGUAGGAGGUGGAGGACAGGACCGUAGGAGGUGGAGGACAGGACCGUAGGAGGGAGAGGUGGAGGACAGGACUGUAGGAGGUGGAGGACAGGACCGUAGGAGGGAGAGGUGGAGGACAGGACCGUAGGAGGGAGAGGUGGAGGACAGGACUGUAGGAGGUGGAGGACAGGACUGUAGGAGGGAGAGGUGGAGGACAGGACUGUAGGAGGGAGAGGUGGAGGACAGGACUGUAGGAGGGAGAGGUGGAGGACAGGACCGUAGGAGGUGGAGGACAGGACUGUAGGAGGUGGAGGACAGGACCGUAGGAGGUGGAGGACAGGACCGUAGGAGGUGGAGGACAGGACCGUAGGAGGGAGAGGACAGGACUGUAGGAGGAAGAGGACAGGACCGUAGGAGGGAGAGGUGGAGGACAGGACUGUAGGAGGGAGAGGUGGAGGACAGGACUGUAGGAGGGAGAGGUGGAGGACAGGACCGUAGGAGGUGGAGGACAGGACUGUAGGAGGUGGAGGACAGGACCGUAGGAGGUGGAGGACAGGACCGUAGGAGGUGGAGGACAGGACCGUAGGAGGGAGAGGACAGGACUGUAGGAGGAAGAGGACAGGACCGUAGGAGGGAGAGGUGGAGGACAGGACUGUAGGAGGGAGAGGUGGAGGACAGGACCGUAGGAGGGAGAGGUGGAGGACAGGACCGUAGGAGGUGGAGGACAGGACUGUAGGAGGGAGAGGUGGAGGACAGGACCGUAGGAGGGAGAGGUGGAGGACAGGACCGUAGGAGGGAGAGGUGGAGGACAGGACCGUAGGAGGUGGAGGACAGGACUGUAGGAGGGAGAGGUGGAGGACAGGACCGUAGGAGGGAGAGAUGGAGGACAGGACCGUAGGAGGUGGAGGUGGAGGACAGGACUGUAGGAGGUGGAGGACAGGACCGUAGGAGGGAGAGGUGGAGGACAGGACUGUAGGAGGGAGAGGUGGAGGACAGGACUGUAGGAGGUGGAGGACUGUAGGAGGUGGAGGACAGGACCGUAGGAGGUGGAGGACAGGACCGUAGGAGGUGGAGGACAGGACCGUAGGAGGUGGAGGACAGGACCGUAGGAGGUGGAGGACAGGACUGUAGGAGGUGGAGGACAGGACUGUAGGAGGUGGAGGACAGGACUGUAGGAGGUGGAGGACAGGACUGUAGGAGGUGGAGGACAGGACUGUAGGAGGUGGAGGACAGGACUGUAGGAGGUGGAGGACAGGACCGUAGGAGGUGGAGGACAGGACUGUAGGAGGUGGAGGUGGAGGACAGGACUGUAGGAGGGAGAGGUGGAGGACAGGACUGUAGGAGGGAGAGGUGGAGGACAGGACUGUAGGAGGUGGAGGACAGGACCGUAGGAGGUGGAGGACAGGACCGUAGGAGGUGGAGGACAGGACCGUAGGAGGUGGAGGACAGGACCGUAGGAGGUGGAGGACAGGACCGUAGGAGGGAGAGGUGGAGGACAGGACCGUAGGAGGGAGAGGUGGAGGACAGGACCGUAGGAGGGAGAGGUGGAGGACAGGAAAGAGAGAGGGCAGCAGACCUACUGAAUGACACACACAUCCUGCUGCUGACUUCAGCUGUAAUUCUAGACCAUUCUCUCGCUGUCAGUGGAGCUGUUAGUCAACUGGGGUCAGCUGAGAUGGAUUUGUUCAUCCUUUUGGGAAAUGUUAUACAGGCAUAUUCAGUGUGAUGCUUAUUGUAUUAAUGCUGAACCCUCUUCAUUCCUAUUUGGCACAAAAGGGCUCCAUAAGAGGAACUGUUGCAGCUCACAUAAUCAAUGUUACAUUGCCAACUUCUACUGUGAUGUCAUUAGCUGAGUCAUGUCUCUGAAUAAAUCCGUUCCCUCCCUGUGAUUGGUCUGUGUAGCUGAGCGUACGGAGGAAAAAUGCCAAGGAGACGUUUGGAAGUUUCUUUAAGAAUAUGGUGAAGAGUGCUGACGAGGUCAUCAUCUCAGGGAUAAAGGUGGGUGUGGCCUCCUCAUAUCAUACAGUAGCCGCGUUCGAGAGCAUCAAAUCCAUGAUGCAUUGUGGGAAAAUAGUGACUGACUGAUCUACAAAUAAUAAUGAGUAGUUAUUUAUGCAAGGUGAUUUCUAGAUCAGUCAGUCCAGUCAGCAGUCGCCUGCACUGUCGGUUGAAUUGUCAAACAAGCCCGAUGCUUUUACUGUGUAUUUCCAUGGAAAUCCAUUUUGCGAGGUCGGCUAUGCAUUAAAAACUAGACCGAGAAAAUCAGUACAAUGCAUUACAGUAGCAGACUCUAAGAAAGAGAAACGGAACGUCACGGUUCUGCUGAGCAGGGCCCUUCAUAUCCAGAAUGAAGAUCUGGCUUUGUAUGUGUGACUGUAUUUUAGGCAGAAGGUUGAUGCCUUUUAAACAGAACCUAAAUUAUUUUCCAAUCGUUUUGUUCUGAACAGAACCACUAUUUUUUUUUUGUUCAUUCCGACCAGCAAAAUAAAGUUGUGAACUGGUUCGAACCCCCCAAAAAAGUACUGGUUUAUGUUGUUCCUUUUUAACAUGUGAAAUCAAUAUAUAUUUUUUUACAUUUAGCUAAUUAAAUGACUUCACCAAUCAGUGCAGUUAGAGCAGGCAAGCUAGUUGUUUACAUGCGUGAUGGACAGACAAGUGUAACCUAUGGUGCAAGAUGUGACUGAAGGGUUGAGGAGCAGGCUUGAAGCGCUGGGCAUCUUAUCACAUGUAUUAUCUGAAUUAGGUCCACAGAAUUAUACCUAGGAGGAGUUGCUUCUAUGAAGGAACUUUGAAUGUCCUUUGAGCUAGCUAGCUAACGCGUUGGUGUGUGCAGAGCAGCAACAGAAUUAAAAACACAUCUUACCUUUUUUGUAGUUAAUAUAAAAUCUACGUGAAACGUGAUAACUAGGCCUAUAGAAUCCUUAGCUAGCAUUUGAAAAAAGUUAAUCCAUUCUUCUCUAGCUAAUAAAAUAUCUCUAUCUUCUCACGCUUCUAACGUCAGUCCAGUAGCCUAUACUUCAGAGGGGCAGGUUGUCUAAACACGCACACCCACUGGCAAAGAUUUUCAGCUCGCUGGAAUAUGUUUCUGAGUGACAGCGAGGGCUUUGCAUAGGCUCUUUGUCGCGUUUUUUUGUGGGACUAGAAAAUAAUGCCAGGAACGUAAAAUAACGUUAUCAACCGGUUUCCAUGCUUUUAAAAUAACGGUUCUGUUCCUUGAACAUUUGUUGUUUUCCAUCCUGUUCCCUGAACCGGUUCCAACCCCUGCUUUUAAAUUAUUUUUCUUGCAGGAAGUAGAUGAUUUCUUUGAGCAGGAGAAGACCUUCCUGCUUGAUUAUUCGUCUAAGAUCAAAGACUCCACUGCCAGGGCAGAGAAGAUGACCCGCUCCCACAAAAGUAGGACUAUGAUGACAACAACAACCCUAACAAACAUCUUUGUUGUCAAAUAUGAAUCGGAAAUGUCUUUUUGCUUUCUUGUGUUAUUGAUAAGAACAGUUAUUUUCCUUUUUCAUAGAUGAUUCAGUCACAUUUAUUUUAUAAAGACCUUUUUACAUCAGCAGUUGUCACAAAGUGCUUUAAAGAUACCCAGCCUAAAAGUCCCAAAGAGCAAGGCUCAGAGGGGUGGCCAGUCCUCUUCUGGCUGUACCGGGUAGAGAGGAACCAGGUUCAGAGGGGUGGCCAGUCCUCUUCUGGCUGUACUGGGUAGAGAGGAACCAGGCUCUGAGGGGUGGCCAGUCCUUUUCUGGCUGUACUAGGUAGAGAGGAACCAGGCUCAGAGGGGUGGCCAGUCCUCUUCUGGCUGUACCGGGUAGAGAGGAACCAGGCUCAGAGGGGUGGCCAGUCCUCUUCUGGCUGUACCGGGUAGAGAGGAACCAGGCUCAGAGGGGUGGCCAGUCCUCUUCUGGCUGUACCGGGUAGAGAGGAACCAGGCUCAGAGGGGUGGCCAGUCCUCUUCUGGCUGUACCGGGUAGAGAGGAACCAGGCUCAGAGGGGUGGCCAGUCCUCUUCUGGCUGUACCGGGUAGAGAGGAACCAGGCUCAGAGGGGUGGCCAGUCCUCUUCUGGCUGUACCGGGUAGAGAGGAACCAGGCUCAGAGGGGUGGCCAGUCCUCUUCUGGCUGUACCGGGUAGAGAUUUAAGAGUACAUGUGGCCAUUAAGGCCAGAUAGUUUUCAAGACGUUCAAACAUUCAUAGAUGACCAGCAGGAUGUGGUACAACGUCUUCCAGUUACCCAUACUGAGUGUUGAUUGUCUUGUCUCUCUUUGUCUCAGAUGUUGCUGACGAUUACAUCCACAUCUCUUCCACUUUGAACAGUCUCUCUGUCGAUGACAACACAGCACUUAAAAAGUAAGUAACAACAUACAGUGCCUUCGGAAAAUAUUCAGACCCCUUGACUUUUUCCACAUUUCGUUAGGUUACAGCCUUAUUCUAAAAUGGAUCAAAUAGUUUUUUCCCCUCAUCAAUCUACACACAAUACUGCAUAAUGACAAAGCAAAAAUAGGUUUUUAUAAAUUGUUGCUAAUUUAUAAAAAUUUAAUGGAAAUAUCACAUUUACAUAUGUAUUCAGACCCUUUACUCAGUACUUUGUUGAAGCACCUUUGGCAGCGAUUACAGCCUUGAGUCUUCUUGGGUAUGACGCUACAAGCUUGGCACACCUGUAUUUGGGGAGUUUCUCCCAUUGUUCUCUGCAGAUCCUCUCAACCUCUCUCAGGUCGGAUGGGGAGCGUUCCUGCACAGCUAUUUUCAGGUCUAUCCCGAGAUGUUCGAUCGGGUUCAAGUCCGGGCACUGGCUGGGCCACUCAAGGACAUUGAGACUUGUCCCGAAGCCACUCCCGCAUUGUCUUGGCUGUAUGCUUAGGGUCGUUGUCCUGUUGGAAGGUGAACCUUCGCCCCAGUCUGAGGUCCUGAGCGCUCUGGAGCAGGUUUUCAUCAAGGAUCUCUCUGUACUUCGCUCCAUUAAUCUUUCCCUCGAUCCUGACUAGUCUCCCAGUCCCUGCCGCUGAAAAACAUCCCCACAGCAUGAUGCUGCCACCACCGUGCUUCACCGUAGGGAUGGUGCCAGGUUUCCUCCAGACGUGACGCUUGGCAUUCAGGCCAAAGAGUUCAAUCUUGGUUUCAUCAGACCAGAGAAUCUUGUUUCUCAUGGUCUGAGAGUCUUUUAGGUGCCUUUUGGCAAACUCCAAGCGGGCUGUUAUGUGCCUUUUACUGAGGAGUGGCUUCCGUCUGGCCACUCUACCAUAAAGGCCUGAUUGGCGGAGUGCUGCAGAGAUGGUUGUCCUUCUAAAAGGUUCUCCCAACUCCACAGAGGAACUCUGGAGCUCUGUCAGAGUGACCAUUGGGUUCUUGGUCACCUCCCUGACCAAGGCCCUUCUCCCCUGAUUGCUCAGAGCUGGCCAGGCGGCCAGUGGUGGUGGUUCCAAACUUCUUCCAUUUAAGAAUGAUGGAGGCCACUGUGUUGUUGGGGACCUUCAAUGCUGCAGACAUUUCAUGGUACCCUUCCCCAGAGCUGUGCCUCAACACAAUCUUGCAUCGGAGCUCUAUGGACAAUUCCUUCGACCUCAUGGCUUGGUUUUUGCUCUGACAUACACUGUCAACUGUGGGACCUUAUAUAGACAGGUGUGUGCCUUUCCAAAUCAUGUCCAAUCAAUUGAAUUUACCACAGGUGGACUCCAAUCAAGUUGUUGAAACAUCUCAAGGAUGAUCAAUGGAAACAGGAUGCACCUGAGCUCAAUUUCGAGUCUCAUAGCAAAGGGUCUGAAUACUUAUGUAAAUAAGGUUUCUGUUUCCAUUGUUGUGUCUGUUUCCACUGUUUUUUAUUUUUAAUAAAUUUGCCACAGUUUCUAAAAACCUGUUUUCACUUUGUCGUUACGGGGUAUUGUGUGUAGAUUGCUGAGGAUUUUUUAUUUAAUCCAUUUUAGAAUAAGGCUGUAACGUAACAAAAUGUGGAAAAAGUCAAGGGGUCUGAAUACUUUCCGAAGGCAUCUUAUUAUAGUACUAAGUAUGUGAAUGGGGGCCAUUUGUUAACUCAAGCCAACAACAGGUUGCUAAAUUAAUGGUUUACAUCUCAACCAAUAACAGAAAAACGAAAGAGAAUGUUCUGACUUUGCUCAACUGUUGAUGGUUUGUGUAUUCCCUUCAGGCUCCUUGAGAAGUUAGCCGACCUGUUUGAGAAACUACGGGUAAGAACCACACUGCCGGUCUUCUGCACUCCUCAUCCUCAACUAUUUCCUAUCUUUAUUAACUUUUAUAUGAUCCCUUUUAUUGUCCAUUUCCAUGCAAAUUCAUUUAGUGAAGUCAGCAAUACAUUUAAACACUUGUGUUUGCUUUUGUGAGCUGUUCAUAUUUCAUUUUUAUUUCAUUUUUUUAAAGUGACUAGGCAACAGGAUAGAUAAUAGACAGUAGCAGCAGUAUACUGUAGGUAGGGGUAAAGUGACUAGGCAACAGGAUAGAUAAUAGACAGUAGCAGCAGUAUACUGUAGGUAGGGGUAAAGUGACUAGACAACAGGAUAGAUAAUAGACAGUAGCAGCAGUAUACUGUAGGUAGGGGUAAAGGGACUAGACAACAGGAUAGAUAAUAGACAGUAGCAGCAGUAUACUGUAGGUAGGGGUAAAGUGACUAGGCAACAGGAUAGAUAAUAGACAGUAGCAGCAGUAUACUGUAGGUAGGGGUAAAGGGACUAGACAACAGGAUAGAUAAUAGACAGUAGCAGCAGUAUACUGUAGGUAGGGGUAAAGUGACUAGGCAACAGGAUAGAUAAUAGACAGUAGCAGCAGUAUACUGUAGGUAGGGGUAAAGUGACUAGGCAACAGGAUAGAUAAUAGACAGUAGCAGCAGUAUACUGUAGGUAGGGGUAAAGUGACUAGGCAACAGGAUAGAUAAUAGACAGUAGCAGCAGUAUACUGUAGGUAGGGGUAAAGUGACUAGACAACAGGAUAGAUAAUAGACAGUAGCAGCAGUAUACUGUAGGUAGGGGUAAAGUGACUAGACAACAGGAUAGAUAAUAGACAGUAGCAGCAGUAUAUUGUAGGUAGGGGUAAAGUGACUAGACAACAGGAUAGAUAAUAGACAGUAGCAGCAGCAUACUGUAGGUAGGGGUAAAGUGACUAGACAACAGGAUAGAUAAUAGACAGUAGCAGCAGUAUACUGUAGGUAGGGGUAAAGGGACUAGGCAACAGGAUAGAUAAUAGACAGUAGCAGCAGUAUACUGUAGGUAGGGGUAAAGUGACUAGACAACAGGAUAGAUAAUAGACAGUAGCAGCAGUAUACUGUAGGUAGGGGUAAAGGGACUAGGCAACAGGAUAGAUAAUAGACAGUAGCAGCAGUAUACUGUAGGUAGGGGUAAAGUGACUAGGCAACAGGAUAGAUAAUAGACAGUAGCAGCAGUAUACUGUAGGUAGGGGUAAAGUGACUAGACAACAGGAUAGAUAAUAGACAGUAGCAGCAGUAUACUGUAGGUAGGGGUAAAGUGACUAGGCAACAGGAUAGAUAAUAGACAGUAGCAGCAGCAUAUUUGACGAGUCAAAACAGUUAGUGCAAAAGGGUAGUCCGGGUAGGGGGGUAGGGGGGGGGGGUGGAGCGACGUCAUAACGUCUGCUAAAUGACGUGAAUGUGCCCUUGAGCAAGGCACUUAACCCUAAUUGCUCCUGUGAGUCGCUCUGGAUAAGAGCGUCUGCUAAAUGACUAAAAUGUAAAAUGUAAAUAUAACAUCUGUGUUCUAUCUAUCUGCUCCUGUCUGUAGAAAGUGGAGGGCAGAGUGGCGUCAUAACAUCUGUGUUCUAUCUAUCUGGUCUGUAGAAGGUGGAGGGCAGAGUGGCGUCAUAACAUCUGUGUUCUAUCUAUCUGGUCCUGUCUGUAGAAGGUGGAGGGCAGAGUGGCGUCAGACGAGGAGCUGAAGCUCACCGAGUUGCUCCGAUACUACAUGAGGGACAUCCAGGCAGCUAAGGUGAGCCACCUCUAGUCUGUCAGUCUGUUUCUCUGUCAAAAACCCUGAUGAACUUCUUUUGACUGUUGAAAUGUUGGUUGUGACAUCCAUUGAACUGUUUGUGGAGCAUCCAAGACCCCCAGAGUGCUGGAGUUUAUUCCUUUUUAUUGAAUAGUUUUUUUUUCUCUCAAUGCACCUGGAAACACAAUAGGCGUACAUAUUACUUACAUUACCUGGAAACACGAUAGGCGUACAUAUUACUUACAUUACCUGGAAACACGAUAGGCGUACAUAUUACUUACAUUACCUGGAAACACGAUAGGCGUACAUAUUACUUACAUUACUUUUUUCAAGGACAAGAAAAUAACAGGCUUAUUGUGACCACAGAUAUAAAAAAAAACAGCUAGGUCAGUGAUAUUUCACCGGAUGUAUAAAUGUGAAGCAUCCGGUUGGCGUUUCCAUUCACUACCAAAUAUGAUGAGGAGAGGAAUCCCAUUGGCCGGCAGUGGGAGAAGAUGGCACGAGAUGGAUUUUGGCCAACAUUCUGCUAAUUUUCUCAUCGUUGAAACAUUUAAUCUCCAUAGAGUUUUCUGUUUCCAAAACUAGAGUCUGUAACAAAGAGUGGACUGCAUUUUGUAGACUUUACCCUUUGCCAAAGUUUAUAAAAAUUGCGUUGUUUAGAAGGAAUGCAAGGACGAAUUGAGUGUAUUGCACACACGCAUUUCACAGAGGAUCUCACUAGCUCGUGCUUGGCUCUGCCCACCUCCUUGCUUGUUCUGCCCACUAUGAUUAAUUUGCUCCCAUUGGAAAGGACAGGAAGCUCUGGUCUAUCUUGGGUCAGUUAUUAUCUUUAUCACUCUGAGAAAUUCUGUAUUUUUCUUAAACGCUACAUGAACGUGGAUGUGUCUUAACCUCUCUAUGGAUGUGUCUUGACCUCUCUAUGGAUGUGUCUUGACCUCUCUAUGGAUGUGUCUUGACCUCUCUAUGGAUGUGUCUUGACCUCUCUGGAUGUGUCUUGACCUCUCUGGAUGUGUCUUGACCUCUCUGGAUGUGUCUUGACCUCUCUAUGGAUGUGUCUUGACCUCUCUAUGGAUGUGUCUUGACCUCUCUAUGGAUGUGUCUUGACCUCCUAUAUGGAUGUGUCUUGACCUCCUAUAUGGAUGUGUCUUGACCUCUCUAUGGAUGUGUCUUGACCUCCUAUAUGGAUUUGUCUUGACCUCUCUAUGGAUGUGUCUUGACCUCUCUAUGGAUGUGUCUUGACCUCCUAUAUGGAUGUGUCUUGACCUCCUAUAUGGAUGUGUCUUGACCUCUCUAUGGAUGUGUUUGUGUCUUGACCUCUAUAUGGAUGUGUUUGUGUCUUGACCUCUAUAUGGAUGUGUCUUAACCGCUAGGCUUAGGUGAUACCACGGUAUAAAGGUAUAUUUAGAAAUACCGACGUUCAAUAUAGUUUUUUGGGAGGGGUGGGUACCCCACUGCUUAUAACCAUAAGAUAAGUAUAGAAAUCUAAAUGUCAAGAUCAAGCUUCUUGGUUACAGCAGAGACAUUCAAACCCCUCCUGGAUCAAGAUCUGUGUUGCCUAAAUAUGUUUUGUGGGUAAAAAAAAAAAAAAAAAAACAUUUGGUAAUACCGUCUACCCCGGUAUGGCACAGAAACAAUAUGAUGGUAUGAAUAUCUGGAUACCGCCCAACCCUAUUAACGGCUGUGUGUGUGUGUGUGUGUGUGUGUGUGUGUGUGUGUGUGUGUGUGUGUGUGUGUGUGUGUGUGUGUGUGUGUGUGUGUAUCAGGACCUGUUAUACAGGCGGGCUCGGGCCCUGGCUGACUAUGAGAACAGUAACAAGGCUCUGGACAAGGCCCGGCUGAAGAGUAAAGACAUUACUCUGGCUGAGGAGCACCAACAACAAUGUCUGCAGAAGUUUGACAAGCUCUCCGAGUCGGGAAAAAGAGGUGUGUAAUGCCAGUCGAAACAGUUCGCAUAUAUUAUGACAUUUUGUGACGUUUUGGUGUUCGGCAGUUUUUUGGGGGGCUGUUCGCGCCCACAAUAUUUGUUCGGUAGCCAAAGUAUACGCUCCUUCCUCGGUGAUUGGUCAACAGUAGGGGUGGGCGGUAUGGACAGGAUUCUUUGAUUAACGAGAGAGAGUGGCGAGGGUAGCGGCAGAUAGGAACUACUGUCUGCAGUGCACUACUAGUUUUCAUGCACAUUUAUCACUCGAAGUACUGCAUUAAACCUCUACAUUUGUAAAAUUGCGCGACUAUGACCUCCUCGGAAAAAAACGUAAACAUUUAUUACAGAUUUCCUGAUUUAUCUUAGAUUAAUAUGGACUAUUUUGAGGAAGUGUUUACUGGCUUAUGAUGUUUCUACGGCGUCUCAAGAGGAACAAACAACGGUAGGAUUUCUGCUAGGAGCACAUCGAACCUAUGGAUACGAAUGCCUUUAGACAGGAUGAAUGUAGGUUUGGGCUAACGUUUUCUAACAUAGUACAGUGAGUACUAACAGCAUGGUGUUCUCUUCCCAGAGCUGACCAGUUUUAAGGGCAGGAGAGUGGUGGCUUUCCGUAAGAACCUGAUAGAGAUGGCAGAACUGGAGAUCAAGCAUGCUAAGGUGAGUCGGACUGUCUAGUGAGGUGACUAUCUGCAGGUGGUGUUACCCGCUAGACCAGCCCCAAACACAACGCUCUACGUUGUUGUUGGAAAGAGGAUACCUGGUCAGUUGUACAACUGAAUGCAUUCAACCGAAAUGUCUCCCGCAUUUAACCCAACCCCUUUGAAUCUCCAUUAUUCGAAGUCCACGUCAUCGGCGCCCGGGGAGCAGUUGUUGUCUGGGGGUUAGCUGCCUUGCUAGAGGUUCAUGUUAUGUGGUAGUGAAUAGGCUUUUCUGGUAUACCGGGUAUUUGGAAAAAGCCACGGGAUGGUUUUUCAAUACCGUUGAAACUAUUUAUUUGAUGUUUUUUAAUACAUUUGAAAAUGUGUAGCUACUUUUUAAGUAAAUACUGUACCUAUAGUCAACUUGUGCCAUACGUUAGGAGAUAAAGAAGAUUACGUUCUUCAUUUCACCCGUCACGUCAUUUUUUGAUUAUGAAGCUUCCGGUAGUCCCCAGUCACGUGGUGUUUUGUUUACAAGCACACAAUGAAGAGAGACCAGAGCCUUGUGAGUCACUCACUGUUGAGCAGCAUGCGCCAGGUGAUCCAAUUACAGUAUGGAAUUCACAACUAAAUGCUUGACAGCUAGAUAUCUUAUAACUAUUAAAUUAACUUAAUGCUCUGUAGUUGUGCAUUUGGUUUGCUAAUUUAGUAGUUAGUUAGCUAUCUAGCUAAGUGGUUAGCUUCCUCCAAAAUCAAGCAUUCACUUGCUAACAGCAGAGAAUCCCCUCCUGGAUCAAGAGCCUUGCCGUCUAAUAUUAGUUUUGUGGGUGCAGCAAACUGUGAGUAGCAUUUUUGAGUUACUUGUAUAGGUUAGGUCAUAGACUGUAAAAGGUUUGCAAUGCGCUCGUCAGCAUUUAGGUAGCAUUCUCUAUGGGAUCAGUGGGGUUUGAAAACAGCGCCCCUUGUGUUCAGUGCCGGUAUUACUGAAUAUCCCGGUAUGGCACAAGGUCGGUAUGAAGGUAUGACAAUCCGCCCAAGUCUAGUAGUGGUUCAUGUUAUGUGGUCGUGGUGUGUAUGUAUAUAUUGUGCCCCAUUCCUUGUGAAAUGUCUGUUGUUUUUGUGGUUGUUGUCAUGGAUAUGAUACUGAUAUCGCUGUUCUCUCUGUUUUUCCCAGAACAACAUGUCUCUGCUGCAGGGCUGCAUUGAGCUUCUCAAGAGCAGCUGAGCCACCGGUCUCCUAGCAACCCUCCCAGACCACCAGACCAGACCACUGGCCAGCUAGCCUGGGCGCCAGACUGUUUGUGCUCUCUUGCAACUCCUUAUGGAAUCGUCAUGCAAAACAAUGACUGGAGUAGGCAAAAUCACAAACUGAUCUGGGACCAGGAUACUGACCAGCAACCUUUUUGAGAAGGAAACCUGGAUACCCCUGCUCUCUCCACCCCACGUGUGUCAAACUCAUUCCACGGAG